UGUGGAAAAGCCUUUAUUAAUAAGUACACUCUUAAAAAUCAUCAGAGGAUCCAUACUGGAGAAAAGCCACAUCAGUGUUUGCUGUGUGGAAAGGCUUUUACAUAUACAACAACUCUUAAGAGACAUCAGAUGAUCCAUACUGGAGAAAAGCCACAUCAGUGUUCUCAGUGUGGAAAGGCUUUUACACAAAAGCGUAAUCUGAAGCUUCAUCAGACGAUCCAUACUGGAGAAAAGCCACAUCAGUGUUCUCAGUGUGAAAAGGCUUUUACACAAAAGCGUAAUCUGAAGCUUCAUCAGAUGAUCCAUACUGGAGAAAAGCCACAUCAGUGUUCUCAGUGUGGAAAUGCUUUUACACGAAAGGCUUAUCUCAAGAGACAUCAGAGGACCCAUACUGGAGAAAAGCCAUAUCCAUGUUCUCAGUGUGGAAUGACCUUUAGUCACAACGCCAGCCUCAAGACACAUCAGAUGAUCCAUUCUGGAGAAAAGCCACAUCGGUGUACUCAGUGUGGAAAGGCCUUUACACAAAAGGGUCACCUCAAGCUACAUCAGAUGAUCCAUUCUGGAGAAAAGCAACAUCGGUGUACUCAGUGUGGAAAGGCCUUUACACAAAAGAGUCACCUCAAGCUACAUCAGAUGAUCCAUUCUGGAGAAAAGCCACAUCAGUGUUUGCUGUGUGGAAGGGCUUUUAGAGAAGCAAAUGCUCUUAAGAUACAUCAGAUGAUCCAUUCUGGAGAAAAGCCACAUCAGUGUUUGCUGUGUGGAAAGGCCUUUAAACGAAGAACUCGUCUCAAGCUACAUCAGAUGAUCCAUACUGGAGAAAAGCCACAUCAGUGUUUGCUGUGUGGAAGGGCUUUUACAGAAGCAAACACUCUUAAGAUACAUCAGAUGAUCCAUUCUGGAGAAAAGCCACAUCAGUGUUUGCUGUGUGGAAGGACUUUUAGAGAUCCAAACACUCUCAAGAGACAUCAGAGGACCCACACUGGAGAAAAGCCACAUCAGUGUAUGCUGUGUGGAAAGGCUUUUAGAGUUCCAGAAACUCUCAAGAGACAUCAGAGGAUCCAUACUAUAGAAAAGCCACAUCAGUGUAUGCUGUGUGGGAAGGCCUUUACACAAAAGGGUGACCUCAAGAGACAUCAGAGGACCCAUACUGGAGAAAAGCCAUAUCCAUGUUCUCAGUGUGGAAUGACCUUUAGUCACAGCGCCAGCCUCAAGACACAUCAGAUGAUCCAUUCUGGAGAAAAGUCACAUCAGUGUACUACAUGUGGGAAGUGUUUUGGGGUCAACUCAGAUCUCAAGAGACACCAGAGGAUUCAUACUUGAAACACAAGCAUACCACACUAGGACUUUCACACAACUGGCUCAAUUGAAUAGACAUCAACAACGUCUGAGGAACUGAAUGACAAUUGGAUGCGAUUUUCCUCUAAAACAAAGAACUGAAGUGAAAUGUCAGGACACCAUAUCAAUGUCAGAAUUCGAAAGCAGUUAUUGGAAUAUCUCAUCUCAAGAUGAGACUAGAUGAUUCAUUCUGAAAAAAAAAAAAAAAAAACACAUCUUACAUUUCUCACUGUAUGAUGAAACCAUUAUGCACAGGUCUCAUCUCAAGGCACAGCAGAGGAUCUAUUUUGUGGGAAACUCUUGGACAUUUUUAUCCAGUAUGGAAAGCCUUCCACUCAAAUUGCUCAUAUAGAGACACCAACAAAUCUAUACUGGACAGAAGCUGUAAAUGGUCUUAGAACUGGGUAGCCAGCUGUUCAAAUAUAAACCUGUUAGUGUGUGAUACAGUCUUCAUUCCAAGAUCCAAAAUUAAAAGACAUUUGCAGGUUACUUUAGACUACUAAAACAAAUUGCUUUAUAUACAAAAGUGAUAUAAUGUUAGCUGAUUGUGUUAUGCUAUUGGUUGAGCAUGGAUUUGUAGUGGAGUAUGUUUUUCUUUUGAAAGGUUGAUCUCAUGCUUUUGUCUUUAGAUGAUGCUGAAGCCAUUAAAAGUUUGGCACAGUCUU